ACCACACCACCACCAAACCCUUACCCACUACCCAGCACACGCAAUCAAGAAAGAAAAGAAGAAAUGCCCACCCUCACCCCCGCCCAACUCGCCUUCUUCCACGAAAACGGCUACCUCAAACUAACCGCCGCAGAACACAACCUCGUCAGCCCAGCCCAGCUCCAACAAUGGACAAACGAAGUGCGCAGCUGGCCUCUUGAGAAGGGGAAAUGGAUGCCCUAUUUUGAGGUUACAUCUGACGGGACGCGCCAGCUGAUGCGCACUGAGAACUUUGUCGACUUCCAUGAGCCGUUUCGGGAUCUUGUUUGUGGGGAUGGUUUGGGGGGAGUUCUUGGGCAAUUGGCUGGUGAAAAAACAACCCUCUUCAAAGACAAAAUCAACUACAAGCUCCCCAACGGCAACGGCUUCCACGCCCACGUCGACUACCACGCCUACAGCCACAUCGCCCCCCUCGCACACCUGACCGCCAACAUCGCCGUCGACGACGCCACCGUUGCCAAUGGCUGUCUGGAGAUCGUGCCGGGAUCGCACCGGAUGGAAAUAGCUUUCGAGCAGGGCGGCCGCAUCGCGCGGGGCUGGGAGGACGCGCACGAGUGGGUUCCUGUGGAGCUUUGUCGCGGUGAUGUGUUGUUUUUUGGGAGUAUGUUGGCGCAUCGAUCUAAGAGAAAUGAGUCAGUGGCGGGGAGGAGUAGUGUUUAUGUUACUUUCGUGGGGAGGGGAGAGGGAGAGGGGGAGGGGAAGGGGGAGGGGCUGAGGAGGAGGUAUUAUGAGCAUCGGAGGAGGGCGUUUCCGCCUGAUCAUGAGAGAGAUGCCGAGGUGGAUUACGCCCAAGGGUGGAAGCAGUAUGGGUUUGCGGCGCCGUUUUCUCCCACGGAUGCUGUGGACGCUGUUCCUACUGUCAAGGCUUGA